AUGGGGAAUGGAAGUACAAAGUUAUAUUCAACCGAAGGAGAAACAGAAUCAGUAUCACCCAAAUCACCCAAAACCCGACCUACACUUAUUGGUCGAUUCGAAGAGUUUAGAAAACGUAUGAAUUUUGAAUCUAGCCCCUCGAAAAAACAACUAUUGAAAGAUGCCGAAGAAGAGGAUAGAAGCAGCAAUGUUUCUAAGUCUUCUUCUCAUGAAAUUAAUGAAACCGAACACCAUAAGGUUUCGGUUUCGACAAAAGAGGAAGCAACGGUGCCAUUAGAAACCACAGAAAAGAUUUCUAGAGUUGUUCCGAUGAAAAACUCCGCACGUGAAGCUAUGGAGGAGAAGGAUAACAUUAACAAAGCCAUUGAGAAAAUUGAGGCAGAGAUCAAAACAGAUGAGAAAAUUAUUGAGGAGAUAGUUAAAAAGUUAAAAAUUGAUGAUAAUGAUAGUGAUGAUGAAGAAACCGCGGAACUUGGAAGAUAUUUAUGUCAUGGAUCACCGAGUUUCAGAAUUUAUUGCAUCGAAGCCGAUAGAAGAAAGGCGGAAGAGGAGAAGGAAGAAGAAGAACGUAAGAGUCCAACCAUACACCAAAAAUCGCACAGUGCCGAUAGUGUUGAAAAAAUUAAAACAAGGAACAAAAUCUCAAACGAGGUACCUGAAAUUGUUGAAAAUGGAUCAAAUACAAAGAGAAAAGGGAAUAUGAUGAAGAAAUUUGGAGCAGUGAGAACUCUGCUAAAGGUUAAGUCAUGCUACUAUCCAAUGUCUUCAUGUACCGGCGACAGAAGCCGUAUUGUUCAUGCAAAAGAAGCGAAUUGA